GCCACUACAUAAACUUCAUCAAUAGCUGAACCUACUGAUGUCCGCGUCUGCCUUUCACGUGCGCACCGGAGUGCACGCGUCAAAUACCGACAGACCGACCAGACUUGAAUUCACCAGCGGGGACAAUGACAGGGAAGCACUGGGGAUAUGGAAAGGAGGACGGUCCCUCUCUGUGGCACAAAAACUACCCCAUCGCCCAAGGGAAGCGGCAGUCUCCCAUUGACAUCGUUCCUCACCAGGCUUCACAUGACCCCAGUCUGGGCCCGAUUGUCCUCAACUACGAUCAGUGCACCUCCAUCAACAUCACCAACAAUGGACACUCUGUAGUUGUGGAGUUCGAUGAUUCUGAUGACCGUUCAGUGAUCCAGGGAGGCCCUCUUGACAGCCCCUACAGACUGAAGCAGUUCCACUUCCACUGGGGUGGAAAGGGCUGUCAUGGCUCUGAGCACACUGUUGCAGGAAAUAGCUAUGCAUCUGAGCUUCAUCUAGUACACUGGAAUGCUGUCAAAUACAAGACGUUUGGGGAGGCUUCGACAGCUCCCGACGGCCUCGCUGUCCUUGGCAUCUUUUUAGAAACAGGUGAUGACCACAGAUGGCUCCACAUGAUAACAGACGCUCUGUACAUGGUGAAGUUUAAGGGUAGUGUCACAGAUUUCAAACGUUUCAACCCCAAGUGCCUUCUGCCCAGCAGCCUCCACUACUGGACCUACCUGGGAUCACUGACCACACCCCCUCUUCACGAGAGCGUCAUCUGGAUUGUCCUGAAGGAGCCAAUCGUAGUGUCAGAAAAGCAGCUGGGCAAGUUUCGCAUGCUUUUGUUCACUGGAGAGGAAGAGGAUCAGAGACUACGCAUGGAAAACAACUUCAGGCCUCCCCAGCCUCUCCAAGGCAGGAAAGUACGCUCCUCCAAUUAAUGCUACCUCAAGAGAUCUGCAGUCAUAGCAAAGGCCCUUUUAGACAACAGAGAAUGCAUUAAUUUGAGUUAAGUUUUUACCUCAAGGUAGCUUGUCUUGAAGAUUUUUGAUUUACUUUGUACAGCAGGAACAAAUUUAAGUUCUCAUCACUGCCAGCGCUGCCACAGGGAUGCACGUUUCCUUGCCAUAAGAUUCACUGGCAGAGGGAGGAAUCAGUUUUGGAAUGAUUUUAGGGAAAAUGAAAGGGAUGUAAUGAUAAUAGCACUUGGUGCUGAGGCAAUUGGGUGAUACAUCAACGAGCAGCAAGCUCUUAUAAGGUACCAUUACAUGUAACUGGCAAGCCUGUAUACUAGUAGGUCUGUUUGCAGACUGGUAUCGCAACACUCGGCUGUCUGCAGAUUCACAGCCUCGCCCUCCUUACUGAUCCUGAUUGAUCCUCCCCAUUGAGCUGGCCUAUUGCCGGUGGAUUCCCAGUCCAUGUGGCUAUAGAUCCCUUCCACUCCAGCAAUCCCAACUGGAGGUGGGAUUGGAUUAGUGCUGUACUUUGCUUAAACUGUGCUGUGCGGCCAUGGACAUGAAAGUCUCUGGUCCUUUAGGGCUGAGAUAUUCACUCCCAGCAGUGUUGCUUUGUUAUUUUCUGUGCUUUCCGGAUUUAACAAAAAAUUGGAACUGGAACUUCAGUUUUAACAAGAAGCCAAUGAAUGCAUCAUUUCAGUCGAACUCUGAAUCUUUGUUACUACAAUUUUCAUUCACUGAUUAAACAGCAUCCUGUCGUGUCGCGUUUCAUGGUCUGGCGUCUCUACUAUGCAGAAGGUAAUACGCAUUGUUGUUAACAGCUGCACUUGUUAAGAACAACAGUCUAGUAUGUAAAUGCCUGCCAGAGGCCGUGUUGUCUCACUGGGCUGAGUUAUGGCAGCUUUGUGUAAUGCUGGUCCCUAUUUAGAUGGAUGUGGAUUUCACUAAUUCAGAGGCAUGAAAUUAUUUUGUUCCCAUACACCAUAGCGGACACAUGAACUACGGCACAUCACUUAUGAUUGUAUUGUGUUGUUGAUGUGAAAAAGCAAUAAAAUGUAAUUUAUGAGUGGUUUGAA